CCGACGACGACACGGCGUCAUAAUCGAUCACGCCGCGCCUUCCACAAGACGAGCAUGCCGUUCAUGUCGUCGGCCACGCUGCCAACGCCGGUGAUGGGCAUCGGACCCAUGUCCCACGGUGUCCAUUAUUCCAAGCAGCGACCCCGUCUCGACGCCUUUCUGCGGCGACUGGACGUUCUCAUUGGCUUCGUGAUCGUCUUACUCGUCGCGAUCGACAGUGUUGCCAACAACUGGGAAAUCAACUCGUUUGUCGGCGACGGGUACGCGUUCUUGACACCGAUCGCGACGGUCUCGCACGCGGCGGACCUCGAGGCCCAGUACAGCUUUCCGAGAACGAGCGGAUUGGACGACUUGUCCAAAAUCGGGUUUUGGAUGGUCAACUACACCGUGCACGCGAUGGUGACCAAGAGCUCGGAUCUCUACGUGCUCUCGGUCGGGUCGUUUCCGCUCUCGACUAGCAUCGACCAGUGCAAGAUCUUUAAAGCGACGUAUCCGCAUGACGUGGCCGCGUCCUCGACCGCGCAUUUUGGCAUUGCUUCCAACACGGCGACGUACUUUCGAGGCAACGUGUUCUCGCAUGCGUUCCAUUCGGAUGCGACGACGAAUCUGCCGAAUGCGAGCAUGAACGAUGGUCAGCUCCGAGACAUUGGAUAUGUCCCCGGGCGCACGGGCACGGACAUGCGGCUCACGACUGGUGUUGUCGUCGCCAACGUCUCUACCGCCCAGAACCUCCUCGUCUCGUGGUACAAGAUUUCGCCACGGAGCUUUUGCACCGGAUGCACGCCAGUGACAGAGCUCGGGUACGGCCAAUGCAACAUGACAUUUGUGUACAACGACACGACCAAGCAAGUACAUAUCUCCAGCAGUGUCAACCACUUUGGCUCCAUGUACAAGGUCGGGGUGCUCUUGCCGCAGUCGGGCUUCUCGUCGGCGUCUCACUAUGUCAAUUCCAUGGUCGACUCGAUCUUUGCGAAAAUCUUGCGGACCAUUUCGCCAAAAUACUUUCCGUACCCGAGUUUGGCGCUCCGCUUCGACAUGUUUUGCUACAAUUCCGACUUGUUUGUCUUUUUGUUUGCGGCCGGCGUGCUCCUGGACAUUGGCAACUGCCUCAUGUACCUGCGCGUCAUCAAUCUCUUCAACGCGCCAUCGCCGAAUAUGGUGUACAACAUUCAGCAGUACGCGCUCAGCACCCGGCUCUUAUGGAUCAAUUGCGCCGUGCUCAAGCUGCUCAAGAUUUUGUGCAACCUCGUCGUGACGUCGACGUACAAUGGCGAAAACAAGAUCAUGCGGUACUUGAAUUUGACCAACGUCACGUCCUUGUACAUCAGCGCGAUCGCGCUCAUGUACGUGCCGCCGUUCAUCGAGUAUUCCAACAGCGUCAUCCACGACCUCAACCACAAGGUCCAGAACCUCGAUGACAUCCACGUGCUUGCUUUUGACAGCUUCUACCUCCGCGUGGUGCCCUUCAUUAUGGCGCUGGUCGUGAUCAACCUCGCAUGUGUGCUUUUGCUCGACCACACGCUGUACUACAAGUCGUGGCAGCUCAUGGCCAAGAAUUCGCUCGCGCGCCAAGCCAUCUUCAACAGCAGCUCCAUCUUGUGCGACUACCUGCACGGCAUCGAAGUCGAUCAUGACGUCGACAGCAAGGGCUCGCUCCUUAUCUGCAAGGCGCGCCGCCUCAGUACGCUCCAGUGGUUCUUUACGAGCCAUCUCUUCUGCUUUGGCCUUCCCGAGAAGGAGCUCCGCGCCAAGAAAAAGAUGCUUCAAACGUCGUCCGUCACAACGACUUCGGAAGAUUCGACAAGCGUCAAGUGCAUGGUGGUGCAAGACGGCGACCGCCACGUGCACUUGCUCGACGCGCAGCUCGCGGAUGUCACGCCCCUCGUCUACAACAUCAAAAUCCUCAAAGACACGACCGUCGUCAUUCAAUGA